UUCAAACACAUUAGUCGUUCCAAUUUCAAAUCAAUCACAAUGAAUCAAUCAGUGCUUCUCCUUUGUACAAUAUUAUUUGUAGCCAUAGGAGCUGAAAUGAUUUGUCCUGCAAAAGACCCAGCAGUGCCCGUAUUCUUCGAAGACCCCAAAGAUUGCGCCUCUUUCUAUGAAUGCAGCAACGGUAAACCGGUACAUUUGGAAUGCGCUCCGCAAACUUAUUUCGACCCAACAAUAGGACGUUGCAACUGGUCAGGAAAGGUCGAUUGUGGUGACCGUCCGACCACUCCAGGAGCUGAACCCACUCCACCAAUACAAUUUCUCUCAUAGGAAGUUUAAUACCUUAACACUUAUACAAUGAGUUAAUUUAUGAUAAGUAAGAUUUCAAUUUUGAAUAAAAUGCUGCAAGUAAAAUCCCGUCUCAAUUUUUUCUUUGCAACUCUAAUUGAUUUUACUGACAAGGCAGAAAUGAACUUUGCACUAGAAAUGUUUGAAGUCUUUGGUCCAAAU